CUUUGACCCAGGCCUCACUGUUUGUUUACAUCUGCUCCCCUUGAGUAGCUGUGAAUUUCCUGAAACAUCAGCACUUGUACAGCCUGGCAGGUUGAUACAAGUUGGUAAAGUUGGUCUUCCCAUCAUUGUAUAAUCUCAUUUAAUAAUGGCAAGUGACAGUGACAGUUCAGGUGAAAAUCUUCUGUCCCAAGCUCUGCCUGUUGCUGCCAUCCCUAAGGACUUUGAUCCAAGUGUACCCCCAUUGUCUGCUGAACAGUAUCUCCAGCAUGUAGUAUGGGAAGCACGGCAAUGUCGGGGUGUUGUGACAGUUGAAUUAGAUAAAAAGAAAAUACGUAAACAGGGGCCUGUUAUAAAGAAAAAUGUAAAAGCCACAGCCCCACAUGGCUAUGCUCCUAAUGCUGCAACUCAGAGAGAAUUACUGGCAUCCUUUUCUGAACUGAGAUCUCAGAUUGCUACCAUUAGAUCAUCAAAACAGAUCCCGAAAUGUCCUGUAAAACUACCUGGUCUCAAAAACAGCGAAGAAUGGUGCAGAUUCUGCUUUGGCAACAGUUUCCAACUUGCGUUACUGAAUCAAGCCAACAAGGACACACCAAAGCCCAAGCUGGUAGAGGGUCAUCAACCUCUCCUAAGCAUACUGCUCAAUAUUCCACAGAAAGGUCUGGAAAAUCUACUUGAAUGGCAUGCCCAGUGGUUAGAGGUCUUAGGUUUCUCAGAAGCUCAAGGCCGUUGGUUCUAUUCAAUCCUUGCAUGCUUAGAGAAACCUCUCAUUCCCGAAAGCUGUUCUCAGAUUCGCCACAUUGCCAGGAUCUGUGCCAGCAUCAGAGCAAAACUGGACUCUCCAGACCAUCCUGAUUUGGCACAGCUGAAUGUGAUUAUCUGCAUUGUGGCCAGGUACUUCAACCAAGAAGACCUUGCUGAUGACUGGUAGGGUUUUUUUUGGUAAAAAUCAUAAGGACAGUUUCUUGUGUGCAGAGGUAUUAAGGAGGAAGAGAAAUUUUGUCAUACAUUAAAAGUUGUAUUGUUUAAUGGCCUUAAAUAUAUUUUAUAUAUUUUUUUCAUGGAAUGAUGUAAAGUAAUCUAUAUUUUUUCCUUUUGAUGAAACCAUAUGUAUUUUGAAAAUACAAACAUGCUUGUAUAUAUUUUCAUUCCUGAACAUAGAAUGCAUUAUACCAUUUUUCUUUUAUAAGAUUCAGCUAGAGAUAUCUGCCAUAGAGGAGUGGUUUUAUAAUCCAGUAUUGAUUUUUAUAUUGACAUAUCUGUUACACAUUAUAUCUGUAAAUUCAUGACUGUCAGUUCUUUCAAGACAGUUGUGACAUUAAAUAAAUGGGAA